CUCCGGCGCCCGCUUCCUCCCGUUUCGUUAACUUGCGCACCCCGCUGGUUCCCCUUUGGGCGGGGGAAGGAAGUGCCGCAGUGAGUCCCGGGGAGCCGGCGGCCCGGCUGCUACGGGUGCCUAGCUCUCCCCCCUUUGCUGCGGCAGCGACAGCAUCUGCGUUGCGCGACAGGGAUGUGAACAGCCGGGCUGAGUCAGCAUCCCCGGGCCGGGGCGCGCGCUUAUCCUCUCUUCCCGGCGGGAGGCGCAAUCCACGCAGGAAACCUCACAGAAACAUGAAGCCCCCAACCAUCUGGAGCUCAGAAACUCAUUUGCAGCUGACUGCGGCUUCUAGAACCUCCAGGUGUUUUGCAGAUGUGAGAAUUUAUCCUGCACUCGCCAGCUGGAGUCCUGAACAGAUGCAAGCCUUGUGCUUUGGCUCUAACAUCCUGGAGCACAGAGAGGUCAUUUUCUAAGUGGCCAAAGAGUGGUUGUUGACACUGAUGUCUGAUUGCUGCUCACAGCUGGUCCUUUUAUGGAGCUGCCGUGGGGAAAGAAAAUUUGGGAUUGUAUGUUUCCUGACUCUCUCGAAUUAGGAUUCCAGAAGAAGGCCUAAUUUCUGUCUCCAUCCCUGUAGGCACCACCACCACCACCAGCAUCUUCUUGCAAACUCCACCACUACUCUCCAGGGACUCCCAGCAUUGAGCAAAAGGGAGCCCCCAGAAAAGUCCCCAGCCGUGGCCCACCACCACUCCAGACAACCAGAAUCCUCCCCUCCCCACCAUGGGCUGGCUUUUUCUAAAGGUUUUGUUGGUGGGGGUGAGUUUCUUGGGAUGUCUCUAUCCUCUUGUGGGUUUCUGCUUCAGUGGGGAAGCAAGAGGCCAGAGACCGAAUUUUGUGAUCAUUUUGGCAGAUGACAUAGGGUGGGGUGACCUGGGAGCAAACUGGGCAGAAACGAAGGACACUGCCAACCUUGAUAAGAUGGCUGCAGAAGGAAUGAGGUUUGUGGAUUUCCAUGCAGCCGCCUCCACCUGCUCCCCGUCCAGGGCCGCCCUCCUCACCGGCCGACUAGGCCUUCGCAAUGGAGUCACGCACAAUUUUGCUGUCUCCUCUGUGGGGGGCCUUCCGCUCAACGAGACCACCUUGGCCGAGGUGCUGCAGCAGGCUGGCUACAUCACCGGCAUGAUAGGCAAAUGGCAUCUUGGGCACCACGGCUCUUAUCACCCCAACUUUCGUGGUAAGAAUUCUUUGGGGAAUUUGUUACCUGGGAAACAAAGAUCUCUGUGUAAAAGGAUUCCAUUAACAUGUUUUCAUUACUACUAUGGAAUCCCAUACAGCCAUGAUAUGGGCUGUACUGACACUCCAGGCUACAACCACCCGCCUUGUCCAGCGUGUCCUCGGGGAGAUAGACCAUCAAGGAACCUUGAGAGGGAUUGUUACACUGAUGUGGCCCUUCCUCUCUACGAAAACCUCAACAUCGUGGAGCAGCCUGUGAACCUGAGCAGCCUUGCCCAGAAGUAUGCCGAGAAAGCUACCCAGUUCAUCCAGCAUGCAAGCACCAGUGGAAGGUCCUUCCUGCUCUAUGUGGGCCUGGCCCACAUGCAUGUGCCCUUACCCAGGACCCAGCGAUCCGCACACCCACAGGACCAGAGGCUGUACGGUGCAGGUCUCCGGGAGAUGGACAACUUGGUGGGCCAAAUCAAGGACAAAGUUGACCGCACAGCAAAAGAAAACACAUUCCUCUGGUUUACAGGAGACAACGGCCCGUGGGCUCAGAAGUGUGAGCUGGCAGGCAGCGUGGGUCCCUACACUGGAUUGUGGCAAACUCAUCGAGGGGGAAGUCCGGCCAAGCAGACCACCUGGGAAGGAGGGCACCGGGUCCCGGCUGUCGCUUACUGGCCUGGCAGGGUCCCCAUCAAUGUCAACAGCACUGCCUUGUUGAGUGUGCUGGACAUCUUCCCCACGGUGGUGGCCCUGGCCGGGGCCGGCCUGCCCCGAGGCCGGCACUUCGACGGUCUGGAUGUCUCUGAAGUGCUCUUUGGCCGGUCUCAGACUGGGCACAGGGUACUGUUUCACCCCAAUAGCGGGGCAGCGGGAGAGUAUGGAGCUCUUCAGACAGUCCGUCUGCAGCGUUACAAGGCCUUCUACAUCACCGGUGGAGCCACGGCCUGUGAUGGGAGCAUUGGGGCUGAGCAGCAUCACGAGCCUCCCCUUAUUUUUAAUCUCGAAGAUGAUGUUGCAGAAGCGGUACCUCUAGAAAGAGGCAGUGCUGAAUUCCAGAGUGUGCUGCCCGAAGUCAGGGAGGUGCUGGCAGACAUCCUUCUGGACAUCGCUGGUGACAACGUCUCCAGAGCGGAUUACACUCAGGAUCCCUCGGUUACUCCCUGCUGUAACCCCUACCAAACUGCCUGUCGCUGCCAAACCAACUAACAGACCGAGUUUCCCAAGAGAAGAGGUAUCAGGAAAUGAGACGGGACAGGUUCAUAUCCCAGCUUCAGUUUUACUCUCUACAGUUAUGCUUUAAAGCCUCAGAAUUUUGUUUUGAAGCCCCCCACUGUCCUUCCUGUGUGCCUGUUUAAGAGAACAGAUGUGCCAAGCUGUAAUAGAAAGCACACAGGUUUUGGGGUCAGACCAGGUUCAACUCGUUUUUCAACUUGGGCAAUUAUUUAACCUAACUUGCAAGAUGAUCUUCAUGAUUAAAUAAGGCAAUAUAUAACAAAUGCCUGGCACAUUACAUGACACAGAACAGAUGCUCAAUGCAUUUUCAUUUCCUUUUCAUGUACUCAGAUUUGCUGGUCAUUUAGCACCAAUUCAUUCCACUGGUAUCUAGAGCAGUGCUUCUCUGUCUUUAAUAUGCAUACAGAUCACCUGGGAUCUUGUGAAAAGUGCAGAUUCUGACUCAGUCGGUGUGGGGUGGGACCUGAGACCCUCCAUUUUUAGGCAGUCCUGGGGGAUGCCUCGUGUAGCAUAGAUGUUGACUAGACAAAGUUAGAUCCAUUUCCAGGCCUCAGAGCAGAAGAGCCCACAGAUAAGCCCAUGACCCUACCUGCCUCGUCACUCCCUUUUGAAGAUCAAAUGACUAUAUUUCAAAGGUUUUACGAGUUCUUCCUGGAAA